AUGACUACUCCUCAUCGGGGGCUGCCACCUCCGCCGGCCAUGGCUCUGCCAUCGCCUACGCAAACUCCAAGCGGCCUGGGUCCACUCCCUCCCCAAUGGCAUAACUCUGAGGAUAUCGUCAGGGUUUGGCUUCUGGGAAAGACGGAGGAGGAACGGCGAAAAACCGAGGAGGAACGGCGGAAGGCCGAGGAGGAGAAGACGAAGCAGGAGAAGAUCCGGGAAGAUACAAGGAAACUAGAUCUCGAGAUGCUACGGGAGUCUUCCAGGAUUUUGAUACCGCCGCCGCUAAUACCAAUCGUGCUGGCUGGGGGGGGGGCUCUCAAGGGCGCUGGGGGGGAAUGGCUGAAUGACUACAUCUCUCAGCACAUGGGGCAUCUCAUACAACAACAGCAGCAGAUGGUACAACAGCAGCCUCAGCAACCGCAGGUCCAUCAAAUGCCGUCUGUACAACAUUGCACGCAGGCCCCGACGCUGCGAAGAGAGACUCGUGUAAUACCUCAGCAGGGUGUCGGGCCAGCUCCUCAUCCUCAGCAGAUGGGGCCGCCUCAGCAAGCGGGCAUGGUGCCUCCGCAGGCGGCCCAAGCUCCCCCUCCCCUGCCGCCCUCACAGGGUUAUAGCCCGGCAUACCCACCGCCGCCCGGCGGUCCACGGGGUGGACCACAGCAGCCUCCCCCUCCCCCGCCGCCGCCCCCUGUGCAGCAAUCCGGGCCUCACUCCCGUCUGCCAAAACUGGAUACAGGUGACCAAAGGCACGCCCCGCACCAGCCGCCAAUGCCUACUGGAAUGCCACCGACCCAAAUGGGCGGACAUCCUGUUGGCCCUCCCAUACCGCAACACACCCCACAUUCAUCUCAGCAACCCCCAACUCAGCCGGAGACACCGGUCUCCCAGUCCCCGUCAAUAUUCUUUCAUCAUUGGCAUCCACCGCAUAGUAGUAACGUUGGAACGUCUACACCGGUCCAGGCCACAGCCUCACCGCAAGGGCAAUUGGGAUCCCCGUUUGGUCGCCCGCCACAAGCCAACCAGAGCACGGUUGCCGAAUACACAAACUCGCCCAAGAAGCGAAAAACCUCGACUCAGCAGGGACCAUCCGCUACUGCUCCUCAGUCAUUCUCGCCGAGCUUUCCUGCUACACCAUUACCCGCUAGCACACCUCGAACGCGAAGGGGUCACUCAAGGAACCGUAGUGAUACAGCGGGCUCAGGAACUCGGGGGUAUGAACCCUACCCAAAAGCAGCACCCCGGGGGCAUAGAAGGUCAAUUGGUGAGGGGCCGGCCCAUGAAGGUGGGCCACCGUCGAGUGGCAAUGGAGGUGGUGGACCGCAUCACCCACAUGACCAACACCAACGUGAGCAGCACCAACAGCAGCAGCUCCAGCAGCACCAGCACCAACAGCACCAGCAGCAGCAGCAGCAACAUCAACAGCAUCAGCAACAUCAACCGCACCAGCGUCCGCCUUCUGUCCCUCCCCCUCCCCUCUCGCAGCAUAGACCAUUUUCGCCCAAAUCAGAAGGCAGGAGAGAGACCUAUCAACCUCAAGCUACUUCACAGCCACCGCCAUCCGAAGGAGGGGAGGGGGAUAGUCGAAGCAAAAGUAGAAAUAGCAAUGGGCGGGAUUGAUACAGUAAUCGCCAAUGUUUUCUUCCCUUGACUUGGCUGCUACCUAACGACACUGAUGAUUCUCGUUCACAAAAGUCUCAUUAAAAUUUGGUUGUACCGCUACAAAAGAAAAUUUCCAUCAUCUGAUUUACCAGCACUAGGAGUUUGCUACCCUGUAUUACUAUCGCCUGUUAUUUUCUUUAUUUUUUUUUUCCCGUUCAAAACCCUUUUCCAACCUUCAUUUCUACUGUCUAAAUACCUAGGGCUUUUCUUCUUUUCGCUUCGCUCUCGACAGGGCCGUGCGCACCUGUCUAAGGUGCCUCUAUGCUUGUUCUGUCCGGAAUGAUGGAAAAACAUUGUAUUCAUUUCUAUCAUAGUUCUGAUAUCUUUUUCCUGGCCCCCUUUGGCCACCAUUUUGUCAAAUAGCGUAUUGUGGGAGAGGCGCACCUUGGUUUAUUUUGUUUCAUAUUCUUCCCUUCCUAAGUUGCAUACCGGUAUUCACCUCAAGUCACCUUUAUAGCAUUACUGGCUCCCACCAAUUUACUGAGGGAAGGGCUCGAUAUCGGGAUUGUAGGGGGUAAAUUUCAAAUCUCGGUUUUUUUUUUCUUUUUUCUUCCUUUCAUUACCGGUGUUUUGGAUUGGGCUAGGAAGAAUGGAAGGUGGGGGGGGGGGCUUAAAAAAAAACUGUCAGUGACCUUCCUGUACUGUACGGGGCAUCAUUACAUGCACCUGUACUAUCAUAGGUGUCUCUAGCCUUUUAGUUAGGGAAAAGGGGGGGUUUUUUUUUGCAUUUUUUUAUAUCUCUUCUCUCUUGCCUGUGGGAGGAUCAUGUAUUACUAUAUUUUUAUCAUGGUAUCCUAUCCAAAUAUCAAUCAAUCAAUAUACGGUACCAGUUGAAGAAAUAAAAUAAAAUAAAAACUGCGAGGUUCAGAGUUGAUAUCAUGCUGUCUGGAUUAACCUGCCAAAUCUCCCACUUACUCGUACCCAUUGCGGCUUUCCAUCGAUCGUGCCGGUACUUGUGUCAUUCGGCGCCCCUAAAAAGUUGUUUUCCAUUCUGGUGAUCUCUCG